AAGGGCAGGACGGCACAGCUCCAACUCUAGUGACUCCCAACGAUAACCGUUUCUUACUGGGAACGCAGUUGAAAACCUGUAUUAGACAAAACAAGAAGAUGCAGCAGAGAAGAUCAGCAGGGAGGCCUACUGGUACAGAUGGCUCAGAUUUCAACUACCGCAUGGUUGUUGACUCUCGGUAUCAAAAAGUAGCUGAUGGGAAAUCUCGUCUCUACGCUCAUAUUCUCACUCAGGCUGUCUUGCAGCUGAUAGGAAUCCUAUAUACAUGUCUUUCCACUUCCAAAGGGGAAGUUCCCAAUGUGAUUGCUAUCAGUUCUAUAGCUAUCAGUUUAAUUUCAUUGAUACUUGGGGACUUAGGUCGAAGGCGUAGUCAAGCGACUUUGUUGAAAGUUUACAUGGUUGCAUCAUCCAUUGGAGUGGUUCUUUCCAUUGCUUGUGUCGCUAAGGGGAAUGUGUCAUUACAGGUUCUCCAAACUCCCAGUAGAUGGGAAAUACACAAGUUUGAACUUCUUGAGGCAGCUCGCACUGCAGUUGGAUUCCUGGUACAAAUAUUUACAGUCAGCACAAUUACUUCUUUAAUCAGUAACAUGUCUCCACCGAAAAGAACCUCUUAGCCUCAACCAUAUCAAAUGAUUAUCUUUCUCGAGCUUUUUUGGAAUUCAAAAUUUACAGUUUGUGAGAUAAUUUAUGUUCUUCCUAGGUAGUUCAAUAGUUGCAUUACGGCUCUGAUUAGGGUGGUAUUCAACAACACGAGAACUUGUCACAGAUCAACAUUUACGUUUUAGAAACAAUACUGUCAUGUGAUCCAUUAAUUAACGUUUAUGUCAUUCUCUCCUGUGAUUGAAAAAGUACUGGUAUAUGUCACUCUAGG